AUGCGUGUGCGUGUGUGCGGCGUGUGUGUCAGACUGUCAAGCACAGCAAAAGAGACGCUGACAGCCGCGUCUGUCUCAGUGUCGUUCGCCUGCCAGCUCGCGUGUCGACCCUCCAACUGCGCCGCUCUGCAUUCGAAGCAUCCCCACUCCUUUCUCGACCAAGUCACAUCUCAAAAGAGCUGUUCGCAUCGGAAGCGCCGUCCGUCGUCGUCGACCCUACAAAGUAUCCGCCGCUUCUUUCGAGCGGAACGCGAAACUUUCCACGGUCAACUGCUGUAA